AUGGCCGACAGCAGCGCAACGACCGGAUCGGCGGUGACGGCGACGGCGACGGCGACGACGGUUCAGGCAGCGGUGCCGACUGCGGCCCCGCAACAGAAGCUCUCGGAAUCGGAUGAUUUUACCGACAACUCGGCCGAAAACACAAAAGAAGCCAACCAAGAGGACACAUCGCAGCAGAGUGGGCUGGCGACGGUCGAGUCGGAGUACGAUACGGCAUCGGAUUCACCGUCGGACGGUGAGGAAGGCCAGGUGGUGGAGGAGAGCGGUGUCGACGGGGAAGAAGAGGACGACGAAGACGACGAGGAGGACGGCACAGACGGCACGGAAGGCACGGAAGAAGGCUCCGAUGACGAUGACGAGGGCUCCGAUGAUGGGGACGACGAUGUGGUCGAGGUGCUCGAUUACGAGCGACAGAGUGGCGAUGGCCAGGAGCAGGAUGUGGAAAGCCGCCGGAAGGUGGACGACGACGAGGACCGUAGCAAUCCGCAGUACAUCCCGAAGAAGGGCACCUUCUACGAGCACGACGAUCGCACGGCCGAGACCGAUCCGGACGAUCGGGGCGGCAUGGAUGGGGAUGACCAGCCUGGUGGUCGCUCGAAGCGUGACGACGAGCUCGACGACGGUGGCGGCGGUGGCGGCGGCGGUGACCAUCACGGCGGUGGUGGCAGUGGCAGCGGAUCGGGAGGUGGUCCUGCGGGUGCCACCGGUGGUGGUGGAGCAGGCAGUUACUCCGUUGGCGAACGGCGCGGAUCGGAGAAGGGUGGUGCCGGUGCGCUGAAGGGAAGGAAGAAGUGGCAAGCGUCAACCGAUCGCUGGACGCACGAUCGGUUCGACGAGAGCGAGCAGGCGCCCAAGUCGCGGGCCGAACUCGUCUCGGCUUACGGUUACGAUAUACGCAGCGAGGAUGGGCCUCCGAAGGCGCGCCGGAAACGAAGGUACGCCCGCGGCCCGAAUCAGUACACGCGCAACUGGGAGGACGAGGACGCGUACCAGAAGUCGUCGAACGUGGAGCACCAGCGCCACAAGAAGGUGCCCCGACCGGAGGAGUUCCCCGAACUGGGACCAAAGAGCAGUGCCGGAGCGCGCGGGCCGGCCGGUGCCGGGCGGACACGGGUCACGGGACAGAAGAAUGCCCCGCCGCGCCAAGCCGCCGGUGAGCUUGGUGUCGGGGGGCGCACCGGGCGGCCGGGAGUUCGUGGGGAGCGUGUUCGAUCGGGUGACUGGGCCGCGGAUCGCGACAGGGACCAAGUAGAUCAUGAGUACGGCGCGCCAGUGGAAUACGGUAGCGGUGGUGAGGGCUUACGGUAUCGCAACGAGGACCAACGGCCCAACGCUCGCAACACGUACCACAACAAUAAGGAGAACAAACAGGGCGCAGUGCGAAACGGCGGCAAAGAGAAGGACGGCUACGGCAAGGUGAUCAACUCGCUUCAGUUCAAAAACCAAACGCGCAUCAAUCCGCGCCCGGACGGAGGUGGCGCUGCGCAGGGACCAGGAGCCGCUUCCGGAGGUGACGGACCGGCCCGAGGAGGGCCGCCAGUGCUGCACAGUAACAGUGCCGGAGCCCUUUCGGGCAGCAGCAACAGCAAUAAAAUGAACAACAGCGGACCAACGCCACCGACCGGCAACAGUAGCAACACUUCGCUCGAUCGCGUGGAACCGCAAGCAUCCUUUGCGAAUGUGUCGACUUCCGCCUCACUCGGCUCGGUGCCGUCGUCCGGUGCGCAGCACUACGGGCACGUGCCGUCGAUCGUACAGAUGCAGCAGCCACCGCUUCAACACCAACAGCAGCAGCCGGUACAGCAGUCUUCCCAGAGCAGUCACUCGCAAGCGCUCAAAUCGCAAGGAUAUCACGAGGACGACCACCCGAAGUACGGUGCGGCGAUGUACGGGGGCCCCGGACUGGACCAUGAAGCGGGGCCCGUGCGAAUGCAGUCUAAAGAUAGGCAGCUGCUGGCGUCGGUGAGCGCCGGUGCCAAUGUGGUGGUGCCGUUGGCGUCGGCUCCCUCCGGGGGCCAUAAUCAACGAUCUCAGGUUUCGCCUCGGGCGAUCGUCGCCCAAACGUCUCCCACUGUACCGCAGCAGCAGUCGCAGCCGAUCACGAUGCAGAUGCAGUAUCAGCAGCAGCCACCGGGUGUCGCGUACGGCGUCACUCCCCAAGGCCCUAUCCCGACGCACUCUCUGCAGCAACUGCAACACCAACAGCAGCAGCAGCAGCAGCAGCAGCUACUGACCUCGGAGCCCGUCGUUAACCGAUCCAAACGCUACUCGAGCCAACGGCAGCGAUCGCAGCUGGAGAACAUGAACCUCGCGAUGCAACAAUCGUCCUUACACGAUCACCAGCAGGCCCAGCAACAGCAGCAACAGCAACAGUUGCUACAGCACCAGCAGAUGUUGCAGCAUCAGCACCAACAGGAGCAGAUGCAGCAGAACAAACUUAAGCAAUCCUACCAACAACCGCCGCAGCAGCAACAACAGCAACAACCACAACCAAUACCACCUCAAGCAUUGCCCCAAUCGGCAGCCGGAGGUGGCGCCGGUGGCCUCCCAAUGACCCUGCAGCAGACCGGCGACUAUCACCUGCAGCAGGCCGCGGUGGCAGCCAAAUCUCAACCACAGCCACCUCCACAGCCGGCGGGGCCACCACCGCCACCGCAGUACCAUCAGGCGCCGGCGGUUUACUAUACGAGCGCGGCACCUACGAAUGUACCGCCCGGUCCCGGGGACUACGUAACGACCGGCCCACCGGUGCCGGGUCCUCCGCCACCGCAAGUACAACCUCCACCGCCGCAACCACAGCCCCAGUACGUACCGCCGCCGUACGCCACGCAAGGACCGCCUUCGCAGGGCGGCUACCUGGCGGGGCCUCCGGUAGCACCACCGGCCAGUGCCUACUUGCCACCACCGCCUCAAGCUAGUCCCACCGUCGUCGGUCCACCGCAAGCGCCACCGGGUGGUCCCGUGCCGAACUACGUUCCCGCGCUGGGUCCACCGCCACCAGCGGCGCCCGUAAACCCGGGCCCGUAUCCUGCCACCGCGUACGCCGGCUUCCAGCCCGGCUACAAUCCGGCCGUGGUGCCACAGGGUGUCGUUACCGGGGCGCCUCCACCGCCCGUAGUCGCUCCUGGGGCCACCGGACCACCACCGCCAGCCGCCCUCUACCAACCGGCCGGAGGCAUCACGUACUACGCGCCCCAAACACAGGCGCAAGCACCGCGCCCACUCCCGACCGGCCGGCGUCCUACGGCGGCGAUACCCAUCCUGGCGCCCCCGGACCGAAAACCCGUGCCCGCGCCCGGCAAUGCCCAGUUGAGCAAAGCGCCGAACGCGGCCUCGGUAGGGUCCAGGGAGGGAGACGGUGGUGGUAUCGAAGGUACAGCGCCGGGUGUCGGUGAGGCCGACAGUGGCGAAAACAUUGACCACAUCCUGGACAACAUGUUCGUGCAGCGACCCCCGUACCAGCCUCCGUCGCGCAAAAGUCCUUCACCAGCGCUCCAGCCAUCGGUGGCGGUGGCGGCGCCCGUGCCCGGGUCGGGACCGUCCAUGAUGGGCACCGAAGGCAACGCGAACGGUGCCACCGAGCUGGUGCGGCACGGCAGUCCGGAAGCGGACAAGAAAGUAAUGGACGGAGGCGGUGGUGGUACGACGCAGGAAUUGGUGGACACGAUCGGGGACUCGGUUAAGAAACUGUCGCUGCAGGACGAAAAGUUGUCCCACGGAGCGAGCUUAGCGGAUGGGAACAACGAAACCAACACCAGUGCCGUGGCAGGAGUCGUUUCGGAUGUAGUCGCGGACGAUUGACGGUACUAAGAAGUGGCAGAAGAACGCGAUGCGAUGUCGAAACGGCUUGCCAGUCGAAAGAGCUAUUAACACCAUAAGAUAAUCGAUAGAACAGAGUCACAGACAGGGAAAGAGCGAGCGAAGCGAAAGUCCAUUUUCACUUCCGGUUGUGUAAAGUCUUGCGUUUGCCAUGAUCCGCAAAGCAAACAUUUCACUAUUUUUUCAUUUUCAAUUAAGAGAAU